AUGCUACUCUCUGCUGCAUAUGCUCGUCUCCUUGAUUUUAAGCAAAAGUUUCUUGAAGCUGGUCAACGUUAUGCUGAACUGUCAGUUCGCUUCCCCUGGCUUGCUGAUUCUGCUCGAAUGGCCUAUCUAGAACGGGCCUUGGCUGCUGCCUUACUGGCUGGCGCUGGACACCAAAGGGCGAGACUCUUGGCCACACUUUACAAAGAUGAGAGAUGUCAAUCGCUCGAUACAUACCCAGUCCUCGAGAGCAUAAAAGCUAUUAUUCCUUGA